AUGAGGUUUAAUGAGGGAUGGUACCUUGCUUUGCAGAGCAGAAGCCUGGAUCUUGAUGAAAUCUCAGUCUCCUCCUCAGCCCCACGCAAAGCUGCCGCAGGCAUGAAAGAGCAGCUGAGUGGAGGCUGCUCAUCUCACCUUUACCCGAACCCAGCAGCAACAGAGACAGAAGUUUCUGAAAACAGAGUGCCAUAUCAACAGCGAGUCCCCGGGUUUGUUUUCAACAGCCGCGCCAGCGUCACUCCACUUCCUGUGGAAGUCAGCUUCAAGUUGAUGAACAAAUAUGUACGAUCUCUGCCUGGCAAUGAACUUAAGACGGACAGGGUUCCAUGGCUCAACUGUAUGUAUGACUUAUUUGGUGUGGCCUGAUGGGAGGACAUUGUGGGUAGUACUUUCAUCAGGAUACCAGGAGAGUCAUCCCAUGCCCCCACUUUGGAGGGCCUGUCAGAAUGAAGAAGAUAAGCCUUAAGACCAUCCGCAAGUCCCUAAACAUAAAGGGCAAAGAGGAGGGUGACUUUGUCAUGCUCCAGCAGCCUUCGGUUACAACAGAGUUUUCUAAGGAGGAAUCACUCUUUGGCGGCUGCUACACCAAAGAGCUUUCGGGCUGUGAUUUUGGCAGUGAAGAUGAGAAGGGGGGCCAGAAUAAGAGUCGCUCAAAGAGUGAGGGCCUGAUGGGUUCUCUGAAGAGACGGCUGUCCGCUAAGCAAAAGGCAAAAGUGAAAGGCGGCUCUUCUGCUAUCUGUUCAGGGGAUGACGAUGACACCUUCUCAUCCUCCUCUGUCCCAAUAAGCUGCAAUGAAGUGAAAGCCCAGAGACCGCUGAGGUCCUCAUCUUUACGGAUUCACCAUUAUAGUCCUUCACCGUGGCCUCUGCGUUCAGUCAACUCUGAUGAGGCAUGCAUCAAGAUGGAAGUAAAGGUCAAAGCCAUGGUUCAUUCCCCUUCUCCAAGUCCUAACUUGAAUGGUGUUCGGAAAGAAUUUCACAAUUUCCAGAUGGAAGGGCUCUUUCAGGACCAAGCUGAGUCCUUAAAGAAUCUCCAGCAGCCCUCAAACGGGGAGCUGCAUCUAAACAUUGAUGAAAAUGACGUGCCUGUGGUGCUGGGGCUCACGCCCCAGGACUAUAUCCAGUACACAAUGCCUUUAGAUGAGGGAAUGUACCCGGAAGGGUCCCACUCCUAUGUAGACAGCUCCACACCCAUGGAAGUGGUGGCAGAGGCUGACAGCAGGUCCCUCCACACAGAGCAGGGUGCGGAUGAACAUGAACUGGUUAGCGGGAUGUCUCUGGAUUCCUUCAUGGACACCUCAGUUAACAGUAUUCUUAUUAGUUCUGCUGGUAUGAUGCUCCAAAGCUCCAGAGUUGAGGUCCCACCUCCUCUCUCCCCACUCCUGCCGCCCAUGUCAAGUAUUGGACAUAUUCCAAGGACUUUUUCAGGCUUCAGCUCCACAGACAGCCAGGUAGCCGAGAGGGUAAGACACCACCUCAACUUCGACCCAAAUUCAGCUCCUGGGGUCAGCCGUGUGUAUGACUCGGUCCAGAGCAGCGGGCCCAUGGUCGUGACCAGCCUGACAGAAGAGCUUAAGAAGCUCGCGAGGCAGGGCUGGUACUGGGGUCCCAUCACAAGGUGGGAGGCAGAGGAAAAGCUGGUCAACCUGGCAGAUGGAUCAUUCCUGGUCAGAGACAGCUCGGAUGACCGGUACCUGCUCAGCCUGAGCUUCAGGUCACAGGGCAAAACUCUCCACACCCGAAUUGAACACUCCAAUGGACGCUUCAGUUUCUACGAACAGCCCGAUGUGGAGGGACACACAUCGAUCGUUGAUUUAAUUGAACACUCUAUCAAAGACUCGGAGAACGGGGCUUUUUGUUAUUCCAGGUCUCGCCUACCAGGGUCUGCAACGUACCCGGUCAGACUAACCAACCCAGUAUCUCGGUUUAUGCAAGUGCGCUCCCUGCAGUAUCUGUGCCGCUUCGUCAUUAGGCAAUACACACGAAUAGACCUGAUCCAAAAGCUGCCCUUACCCAACAAGAUGAAAGAUUAUCUGCAGGAGAAGCACUACUAAGGACACACCAACAGGACAGUGGUAGCAAUUUGCACUUUUAUUUUCAGUUAAGAGAUUCAAGCAAGGUUUACAAACAACCCUCGGUUUUGAGAUGACCGGCUUUGGUAGCUCCCUUUUUGUCUCCUGGUGACCCUGUCACUGUUCAGUCAUCCAUUCCACUGUUGAAGGAUUUUUUUUGUUUAUUUUUUUCCGCUGGUAUUUUGAAGGCUUUACUUCUGGAAAUAUAGGCCAGCGCAUAACCAAUAGCAAAAAAUAAAUGAGAAAAACAACAACAGAGGUAUACAGCCAAGUAAUACAAGUUGAGUCCAUUAAGUGCAAACAUCAGGCACUUGUCAUGUAUGGAUAUUAACACUGUCCAGCUGUGCGAGUAGAGCAGAUAUUUCUAAUGGACCGAUCUGCAUUCAAGUUUGAUCAGUUGGAAAGAUACAACUCCUCUCUGUAUUUGGAAAGAAAGUGUUUGUAUCCACAAAAUUGUACAUUUUUAGAUGUUGCUACAUCUGAUUCCAGAGUCGACAGAGACUGAUUUUGAACAUCUUCUACCCUUCAGUUUACUAAAUGUCACUGUCAUUUUACAGACAUUCUACAGUCAUGAUCUCUGUUUGGUCAGACAAAAGUAAGGUGUUAUACAUCUGACGAUGGCUAACCUGCUUUUGUUGCUGUCGCUAUUCACAACAUGAUUGUGGUGUUCAGAAUUAGAUUGGCGCUGGCUUCUUUAAAUGUCUUUGCUGUGCUGAUACAAAUUAAGGACAAAAAGUAACAAAACAAAAAAAUAUAUAUAUUUUUUUUGUUAUAGUUUCUCUCACUAACCAAAGCACGACAUCAAACUGUUCAGAGCUAAGAAAGCUGUUUUUAAAAGAUGUCCAAAAUGUGCUAGCCUCUCCGGGGCUGCAUUAACUCAUUACCCAUUGUAUAAGCCUAAAGGUACUGAUAAUGCUGGAUUUCAAUCUUGUGCUGUUUGUAGAAAUGGCAACUUAAUGUGUAAACCUGUUCAAAAUAUGCUAACAUUUGAGUUUAGAUUUACUGCAUUGGAAAUGUUACAAAAAAAAGAAGAGAAAAAGGUGCACCUCAGCUCAGGCCGAACUCUUUCACCACCCGAUGUGCUUGUGUCUGCAUGUAGUAAAGGCUCUAAGGCCGCAGAGGGACCGAGUGAGAGAAGAUGUCAUGGCAAAAGAGGGCGGGGGGGGGGAGGUUGGCUGUGAUGUUGAAGCGCAGCUCUGUGUAAAAGGUUGUAAAAGGCUCAGCUUGAUUUAACUUUGGCAGCGCGCGCAGACAAAAUGCGCUCCCAGAUCUGAGCUGCCCUAAAACUGCGGAGUAGAUCUCCACUCAGUAGAGCUGAAAGCGAACGUAGGGAUGGCUGUUACUCAAUGCCCGCAGUCAGCUGGACACACAUGACUCCAAAGAGACGUUACCAGCUUAGGUCAACGAAUUUGGGAAAGCUCGGGACGAGGAGGGGACUCCGUAUCUGAUGUCAGGGUCUCGGCACGUGACGGUUCAGUCCCGGGCUGCAUGCCAUCGUUAGUAUUAUGUGACUUUAAAGGACUUUUAUUUUUAUUUUUAGCUUGUUUGGUUUCCAAUCACUUGCCCCCCCCACCCCCUUCCUACACUCCACAGAGCUGCACUAACCCCACACGUCAUCUCUCUACUGGGCCGUUUGUCCUGAAGUAAAGGGAAGAGCACACAGUAAGCUACGUAAGUGCUUUAUAUGGAUACUUGACAGGGAACCGUGUUUUUCACAUGACAAAUGAGCAUCCUCUCAGAUAUCAGUGUCCUUAAAGUAUUUGGAAAUUAAUGGUCUCGGGCGACUUUGGUAGGAUUGUUGAAGUGUAGUUGUAGUUGUAGUUAGCUGGAAAUAAAGGCGUCCGUUGGAGUUACUAUGAAUCUAGCACAGCAGAAUUAGAUAGGAAUUAAGAACGGUGUUGCAUGUUUAAAGACUUUGCAUUUAAAAAGCUUUGAGUUGUAUAGGAAUGAAGGAUUUAGGCUGUGUGUUUGGGCUGUGUAGAGAGUUGUUUUUAUUUCACAAACACAGGCUGGACAUUCUAUGUACAAGAAAUGUAUUUUUGUUUUUAGUUCUUUUGAAAUUUUCUUAUUUUUGUUUCGUGGCGUUUGCUAUCUGGGGGAUGGGGCUGUACAAAAGGAAUGUACUCUUUGUGGAGGUAUCCAUUUUAUCUUCUUGCAGACCAGUUUAAGACAGCGCGGGGAACAUAAGAAAAGACAUUCACACAUUAUUUGCACUUGAACAUUUUUGACAUGCUUGGAUACUCUCCCGCCUACAGUUGUCCCUCAGAUGGUGGAUUUUGUCCUUGUGUAUUCAUGUGACUGUAAGAUUAAAUCAAGAUGACUUUGUUUAGUUCUUUUUCAUAUCUGUGGGAUUUAAAGGGUAAGGCACCAGCAUCAUUUCAAAGCCUUUUGCUAAUGCUAAAUGUUUGUCAAGGUUUGGGAUCAUGGCAAGAAUGUGGAUGUAAAUUAAUUUUUUUCCCCUCUUUUUUUUUGUGUGUGGAUGUGUUUCAGUUGAAAUGUGAACUUAAAGUAAGUCUUUUCUUUAAAUACAAUGUUUUUUUUAAACUGCAUUUCCAUUCGGUUUGGGAAGUUUCAUUGAAUUUCUGACCAGCAGCUAGUUUCAUGUGGUGCGCUGCAGUGAGUGGUCAAAAUAAGAGUUCCUUAUCAAGCAUUGCCUUCAACGUUUGAUUCCAGAGGUUGACGCUUGUUCAGAGUAAUAACAGCUGUAAAGCACUUAACAAGCUCCAACUUUCUUUCGUGCAUCUCGGUGAGUGAAGGUAAUUGUUUACAACAUUAUGCUUGGACUUGUCCCUCCCCUUUUUGUCUACCCUCUCUCACAUGAAAGUCUUGGUACAAUUAGAAGAUUUCCUUUGAUGUGUUUUACACAUUUGUGCUGCUUAUGGAUAUGAUUGCCUUUCUUGUAUUUAACAAUGGGAAAUAGAAUGUCACCGAUGUAGAUGUAUGUACACAUAAUGACUUUGGUUAUCAUCUUGGGAGAGCGAAGCAGAUUUGCAAUUUGUUAACGACUGUAGUCGGUUAAAAGAGAAUGAGUAGCGAUUAGCAGAACCUCUGUAGAAUUACCAGUUCACUCCAGUUUACAUUGGUUGUCAACUUUCCAAAAUAGAUGUUUUGUUUCUUUUAAAAAAAUAUUUUCUUUUGGGAAAAAAAAAAUCAACAGUGAUUUAUUGCACAUUUUGGAUACAGUUCAAGAGUUUUUUGUAUCUGCCAAUUAUAAAUUAUAAAUAAAA